AACUUUGCUUUUUCUCGAAAAAGUAUUAAAGAGCAGAAGAGAAGGUUGAUUGGAAAAUAACAAAAUACCCUCUUUUUUCUGUCUCACUCUUCAGUACUAGUAUUUCAGUACAAGUAGUAGUUAUAAAGAAUGGCGGCGCCAAAGGAACAAAUAAUGGAUGUGAGGUCGGUGGUGGAAGCAGUUGCAGCAGGCGGAGAUGAUGUUGAGAUUGAUACCCCACUUUAUGUGGUUGAAAGCCUCUGUAUGCGAUGUGGUGAAAAUGGUACAACAAGGUUACUCUUAACACUAAUUCCACAUUUUAGAAAGAUAUUAUUGUCAGCAUUUGACUGUCCACAUUGUGGUGAAAGAAAUAAUGAAGUGGAGUUCGCUGGAGAGAUUCAGCCUCGAGGAUGUUGCUAUAGCUUGUGUGUUCCAUCGGGUGAUAAAAAGUUGCUCAACAGAACAGUUGUGAAGGCUGAGAGUGCUACCAUCAAGAUACCCGAACUAGAUUUUGAGAUCCCCCCUGAGGCUCAGCGUGGAUCAUUGUCAACGAUAGAAGGCAUACUGGUUCGAGCUGCCGACGGUUUGGAGGCUCUUCAAGAUGAACGGAAGAAAGUGGAUCCGAAGAUGGCUGAAGCAAUAGAUCAGUUCUUGAUAAAACUGAGAGCAUGUGCUUCAGGAGAUUCAUCCUUUACUUUUAUUCUUGAUGAUCCUGCUGGUAACAGCUUCAUUGACAACCCGUUAGCUCCAUCUCCUGAUCCCUCAUUGACAAUCACAUUCUAUGAGCGAACUCCUGAACAGCAGGCAGCUUUAGGGUAUCUUGCUGACCCAUCACAGCUGGGAGGACAAAGUGAUGAGGUAUCCAGUGAGGGGAUAAAUGAUGUUCCUCAUCGACUGCUAAAUGAACCACAUGGAUCAGUUGGAGCAAGAGCGGGACGUCAGGCUAUUGCUCAGGGUAACAGUGCAGAAAUGGCUGAAGCUCUAUUUCGAUAUUCAGCUCCUGAAGAGGUGAUGGUGUUUCCAUCAACUUGUGGAGCAUGCAUGGUGAAGUGUGACUGUAAAAUGUUUGUUACCAAUAUUCCAUACUUUCAAGAAGUAAUAGUUAUGGCAUCCUCUUGUGAUGCUUGUGGUUAUCGCAACUCUGAGCUGAAACCUGGUGGUCCUAUAUCUGAAAAGGGAAAGAAAAUUACACUUCAUGUGGAAAACAUUAAAGAUCUAAGCCGUGAUGUGAUUAAGUCGGAUAGUGCUGGAGUAGAAAUUCCCGAGCUUGAGUUGGAGCUUACUAGUGGCACUUUGGGUGGAAUGGUGACGACAGUUGAGGGUUUAAUCACAAAGAUCAGCGAAAGUCUUGAGAGAAUACAUGGAUUCACAUUUGGUGACAGUCUUGAGGAAGACAGGAAGAGCAAGUGGUUGGAUUUCCGAGCAAGACUAGACAAGCUUUUGAGCUUGAAACAACCGUGGACAUUGAUCAUCGAUGAUGCACUUGCAAAUUCUUUUGUUGCACCUGCGACUGAUGAUCUCAAGGAUGACAAACAGUUGAGAUUUGAAGAGUACGUUAGAUCGUGGGACCAAAACGAGGAGUUGGGUCUUAAUGACAUGGACACCACCUCGGCCGAUGCUGCUUACAGUUCAGCAGAUGCUGCACCCAGCAAGAGUGCUGGCGAUUGAUAAUUUUGUGUAUUCAUUUAUAUUGCUCUGGAUUUAAAAUUUAAUGCACCUUGAUUAGAUUUUGUGCUUUUUAGCUUCAUAGAUGUAAAAUUAUUCCCAAGCGAUUGUUCCCUUUUUGCCUUUGGACAUGUACACCUCGUUCCAGCAGUGUUGAUUAUGAAUCAUGAAUUAUUAUAUACUGAUUUCUUGUAUUAAACGUUAAAUUUAAUAUUGGCCUAAAUAAUUUUGCAAGAAACAAAGCUUUACACUGUAGAAGGGUUUUCCAACCAUAAAAAGUUGCCAAAGCU